GAGAGAGUAGGAAACUUUCUGGCAGAUUUCUACUUGGUGAAUGGACUUGUGUUAGAAUCAAGGAAAAGAAGAGAACAUCUCAGUGAGGAGGACAUUCUUCGAAAUAAAGCUAUCAUGGAGAGCCUGAGUAAAGGUGGCAACUUAAUGGAACAAAAUUUUGAGCCUGUCAGGCGGCAGUCGCUGACUCCUCCAUCACCCAACACCAUCACGUGGGAAGAGUACAUAUCUGCUGAAAAUGGAAAAGCUCCUCAUCUGGGCAGAGAGCUGGUCUGCAAAGAAAGCAAGAAAACUUUCAAAGCCACAAUAGCUAUGAGCCAGGAAUUUCCCUUAGGAAUUGAAUCAUUGUUGAAUGUUUUAGAAGUAAUUGCACCCUUCAAGCACUUUAACAAACUUAGAGAAUUUGUUCAAAUGAAGCUUCCACCAGGCUUUCCUGUAAAAUUAGGUAAGAUGACUCCCAACAACUCUUGUGGCUUUAUGUUUCCAAAACUUGUGCGCUUAUUCAUGCAGUUUGUUGAGUUUUGGAAAAGAACUCUCUUAG